UGACAGUGACACAAACUUUUUUUUGUCUACAUAGUUGUCAAAAUUGAAAGGAAAAGGAGGCGUCGACUGGAUUCCACAAAUUCCAUCUUUUAAUUUCAUAUUCUCAAAAUGAUUCGCUUUAUACUCAUCCAAAAUCGUGCGGGUAAAACUAGGCUGGCAAAAUGGUAUAUGAACUUUGAUGAUGAUGAGAAACAGAAGCUUAUUGAAGAAGUGCACGCUGUGGUUACCGUGAGGGAUGCUAAACACACUAACUUUGUGGAGUUCAGAAACUUCAAGAUUGUGUACAGAAGGUACGCUGGCCUGUACUUCUGCAUAUGCGUGGAUGUGAAUGACAACAACUUGUGCUAUUUGGAAGCUAUACACAAUUUUGUGGAAGUCCUAAAUGAGUAUUUCCAUAAUGUUUGUGAAUUGGACCUGGUAUUCAACUUCUACAAGGUUUACACAGUGGUUGACGAGAUGUUCCUGGCUGGAGAAAUACGAGAGACAUCACAGACUAAAGUCCUGAAGCAGCUGCUUAUGCUCAACUCCUUAGAAUAAACCUGGUUAUAUCAUACUUGGACUGAGCCAAGAUAAUAAUGAUUACUAGUAGCAGUCAACUCAAGAAGAAUGUUUCUGUAUGAUGAUUAAUAUUGUUAUCCUUGUAGGUUUGCACAGGUGGUUAGCUAUCGUAUUGUAAUGUAAAAUAAACUAAUUAGAGAAUACAGAAAAAAACACCAACUAAAUUGGGCAUCUUGCUCUUUUUGUACAUGUUUGUACACCUGUACAUUCUAUACAUCCAACUACCUAUAUUUAGUAUACAUUAAAUAUAGCGUUCUAAAUUAAAUUCAGCUUUUCAUGGCACUGUAUAAUCAAGAUCAGUUAACUGCAGUGCAGUAAAUAUAAGCUUAACAGCAAUGGCAAAAAACACGUUGCAGCUUCUGGAAUAAUCCUACCAGUCCAAUAUCUAAUAUUGAUUUAAUCUAUGGAAACUUGGGGACAGUGCAAGGGGCCUGCAUCCUGGCUCGGUCCAGUACUUAGUGUAAGUUAUGUAAUAUAUUUAUUAUAGACUACUAUACAACAUUAAUUCUACCAGACGCAAGAUCUGAAAGAGUAGUGCUGUAAAUGAAUGAAUGAUGGUAGAAUUAUAUUAAAUAAAUGUUUAAACACUGUUAUAAGGUAAGUUUGUAUAGAUAAUACUCAUUCAUUCCAUAUUAGAAACAUACACAAAGAAAUGUAGUUACUCAUGCUAAAAAAUAUAUUAAUUGAUAUUGUUUAAUGUAGCAAAGCAUCAUGUUGCUCUCAAGGAAUGAAUAUUAUAAAUUUUAUAAUGUAUUUAAUAAUAAUUAAGUUCAGUAGAAAUUUUACUUUUAUUAGUGUGUCAAGAAAUGUGGUUAAAGAAUUUGUGCUUGUUUAUCUAAAGAAACCUGUUAAAAUGAAAUAUGCCGUACUAUUAAAGUAAAUAGAACAAUUCUUAAUACCUAUAUGUGAAGUUAUUGGCUUGGAAGUUAUAAUAAGCUCUUAAACUUCGCAAUAACAUCUGGUAAAUACACAAUCUGUCUGGAAAUGUUAUGUAUAAAUUAUGUUAUUAUAAACACAUAUAAAUUGAGAAGUAUAAGAAUACCUUCAUGAGAUCAUAAUGUAUAUAAAAGUGUAAUUAUAAGCAUUGUUUAUUGGUGUAUAUUAGAGCAAAUAAAAUUAUUGCUUAAAGAAAA